UUAAAGUAUUUUCACUAUGAAUCAGUAUUAAUAAAUUAAUAUUUAAAGAUCUUAUAUGGUUAGUAAAACAAAUAUAAAUAUCGUUACUUUUAUAUGUAAGUGAUUGUCGAAUGAACUUGCGCAUAAAGAAUAGUAUGCGUGUAAUAUGUACACGUAUUAAAGUGUGAGGAUAAAGAGUGUAAACAACAAUAAUUACAAUUUGACUUAUGGUCAUGUGAAAUUCUUCUCUGGUUCUAUAAAAUUGUUAACUCUAUCAUUUGUAUACGUAACGAUAAAAAAUAUGGCGACGAUGGAUGAAACAAAGCUGGAUAUGUACGAUGAUGCAACGUAUACUGUGGAUCCUCAAAAUGUUGAAGGAGAGAUGACAGUAGGGCCCAAACAAAAAUCAAGCCUAGGUGAAUUAGAAUUUAAUACAUUAGAUGAACCAAUAAGAGAUACAAUUCUUAGAGAUGUUAGAGCUGUAGGCAAGAAAUUCUAUCACGUUUUAUAUCCUAGGGAGAAGAAAAGUUUAUUGAAAGAAUGGGACCUCUGGGGACCGUUAGUGUUAUGUACAUUUAUGGCAAUGAUAUUACAAGGAUCAUCUGGUACAGUUGAAAAUUCUAACGAUGGUGGACCUGAAUUUGCAGAGGUAUUUGUUAUAGUAUGGAUUGGAUCCAUGAUUGUCACACUGAAUUCUAAACUUUUAGGUGGUAACAUAUCAUUUUUCCAAAGUGUCUGUGUCUUAGGAUAUUGUUUAUUGCCAACUGCCAUUGCAUUAAUCUUAUGCAUAAUUAUAUUAAUGGUAGAACAAAGUACUUUUUUGUUCAUACUCAGAUUUAUUAUUACUAUGAUUGGGUUUAUAUGGGCCACGUAUGCAUCUAUGGCAUUCCUUGGAGAUAGUCAGCCUGUUGGAAGAAAACCUUUGGCUGUUUAUCCUAUUUUUCUAUUUUACUUCGUUAUUUCAUGGCUAGUAAUAUCACAUACGACAUAAAAUCAAAUAUAAUAAUUAACAA